AUGAAAAAAGCUCUUUCUCCUCUGGUAACUGUUCCAGCAUCUCCUGUUCUUAGCCCCUCUUCUGAUUCCCAGAGUGGAGUAGCACUAAAAGUGGCUGCAACUGUGCUUCAGCCCAUUUGUCUUGGAGAAAGCCCCGUUGUGCUUCCAAUACACUGGCAAGUUGCUGGUAGUACGCCACCUCAGAUAGGUACUAGCAACAGCAGCCCACCAUAUGUUAUCACCACACAAGGUCCUGUCCCAUUGCCUGUGCUUUUGGAACAACACGUUUUUCAGCAUUUGAACUCUCCUCUGGUAUUGCCACAAGGAUCAUCGUAUCCUGGUGCUACAAUUCAAAACCAUCUUUUUCCUGGAACUGCUGCCACAGUUGGUCAACCUCAAAUUCUUGAUGAAAAGACUUCUAACCCAGUGCAAGAAACAGUUCUGCCCCCUGUUUUUCAAAAUCCAGGCUUUUCAGCUGUGCUGCAAGAUUUCUUUCCCUCACCCAGCAAUCUAGGCACACCUUCUCCUUGUCAUAUAUCUUCAGAUUACGCCUCUACCAAUGUCCACACUGUUCCACCGCAAGCCUUUAGCUCACCUUUAUCACCACUAGUUCCUCUGCCAAUACCUUUACCAAUCCCAAUCCCUAUACCAGUGCCACAGACUGAAUGUACAGAUAAUGCGGACCAUCAAAAAACAACAGUAGAAAUCCCAAAGAGCUGCAAAAGCACACAGACCCCAAUGGAAAAAGAAGACAUUAAACCUUUUGAAUCGACAGGAAAGCCAGAACUUGCACAAUUUCAUCGGCACUCUGUCAUCAAAAUGAACAAUGAAAAUGAAGCCCUGGAUCUUUCAUUGAAAACUGAAACACUGGUCAAAGACAAUGAUAUGAUUAGUAUGACUAACCAAGUGAUAGAGGAAGAAGGUGUUUUAGACCUUUCCCUCCCAGUGUACAAAAGAUGUGGUAGUACAAGUGCUCAGAAUGGAAUAUCUGUGUCAUAUGGACAAAUCAGUGACUCUUCAAGCCCUUCCGCUGGUAAGAAUUUCCCUACCACUACAACACUGAAUCCAGCCCUUGUCCAUCAUGAGAUGACACACAAAGAUACCCGAGUCAUCUGCACUAAUUCUAAUGAACUUAUAAGACAGCAGAAAUGGUCUUCUGAACAAAACAACAGAAGUAGCUAUGAGCCCAAAUCCACCAACAACAUAGAGCUUGUGAGUAGCUCCCAAACAGCAAAAGUCAUUGUUUCUGUAAAAGAUGCUGUGCCUGCCAUAUUCUGUGGCAAAAUCAAAGGGCUUUCCGGUGUGUCUACAAAAAACUUUUCUUUUAAGAGAGAUUUACCACAAGGCUCUACUGUACAGGGCUACGAUGUGAAGACUCAGGCAGAAGUAAAGGAAAAUGCUGAUGCAUUAAGGAAACAAGUAAAGAACAGAAGUGUUAAAUUAAAGAAAGUGAAUUCACAAGAAAUACACAUACUCCCAAUCAAAAAGCAAAGACUAGCUGCUUUCUUCCCAAGGAAAUAG